AACUAUUAAAUGUUCGCAAAUCUUUAAAAAGUAAGUUUUUUGGACUGGUUGAGGAAGAACAAGCAGAUAGCGGCAAAAUAGCAAGCGAACAGCCCAAAAAUUCUUUACCACAAAAUGGAGCAGAAAAUAAUUCCGGUCAAAAUAUUUUUAAUCCUCAAAGUUCAGAAGAAAGACAAGAAAAUAUCUUGCGACAAAGCCAAGAAAUAGUUCCGCCAAACAGAAUAAAAGAGAAAUUUGUCAUUAAAAUCUUGAGACAAAAAAUUCAACCCCAAAAUUUUUCUUUAAAAAUAAUCGAAAUUAAAGGACUAGGUAAAAGAUUUAAGGAAUUAGGAGAAAACUUUUCCUCCCAAAAAGAAAUAAAAAACCUAUUACAGCGUUUCAAAAUUGAAAUAGAUCCUAAUCAGAGAAUUAGUUGGAAGACCACUGAGGAUGAGGAAUUUACUAUUGAAGCAACUCAACAACUUCCCGAAGAAAAAAAAA